CAAAGUCACGAUACAACCGAUAUAACCCUGGACUUCAGUUGUCUCGUGGAUAUGGGCAUGGAUGCUACAGCGAUAGUUUUUCUUCUUGCUGCGUCUGUCACCGGUUGCCUGGCAGUGGCCGGAUGUGUCCCCAGAGACUAUGGCCGUGGCAGCAUCGUCUGCGUCUGCAAUAGCACACGGUGCGACUUUCUUGGGCCCAUAUCUCCGGAAGAGCAUGGAGUGGCAGCCGUGUACGAGAGUAACAAGGCUGGACUCAGGUUCCACAAAAGCGUCGUCCGCUUCGCGGACAGUAUUGGACUACCCAGCACUGAAGCCGUCAGUCUGGUAUUGACGAUCAACGCGAGUAAGACCUACCAGGAGAUCGUAGGUUUUGGGGGUGCCUUUACGGAUGCAGCCGGCAUCAAUAUAAAGUCGUUGCCUACGAGAAUGCAGGACGAUCUGCUCAGAUCUUACUACGCUCCAGAAGGUCUCUCAUACAACGUGGGUAGAAUUCCAAUGGCCAGUACAGACUUUUCAACGCGGCUAUAUACUUACCUGGACGACCCGGACGAUUUCAACCUGACCAAGUUUAGCCUCGCCCAAGAAGACUACGGACUCAAGAUACCCUUCAUCCAGAGAGCAGUGUCGCUAGCCCAGGACGAAGUAUACCUGUUUGGCAGUCCCUGGAGCGGUCCUGCUUGGAUGAAAACCAAUGGGGCGCUCAAUGGGAGAGGGAGAAUGAAAGGAAAUCCCGGUGGGAAAUAUUAUAAAACGUGGGCCAAGUAUUUCGUCAGGUUCUUGCAGGAGUAUGGCAAACACGGCGUUCGUUUCUGGGGUCUCACGGUGGAGAACGAGCCCAUGAAUGGGGAAGUUCCGCUGUUCCCAUUCCAGUGCAUGGGCUACACUCCGGAGAUUAUGCGGGAUUUCGUCAAGCUCGACCUCGGCCCUACACUGCGUUCGAAUGGAUACGGUGCCAUCAAACUCAUGAUUCUCGACGACCAACGUUAUGAAAUACCACGAUGGACUGAGACAAUAUUUCAGGAUGCGAACGCUUCCUCCUUCGUGUCCGGAACAGCUGUCCACUGGUACGGGGACGACGUCACCAGUCCUUGGAUACUUGACAACGCGCACAGUAGAUUCCCCAACAAGUUCAUUUUAGCCACCGAGGCCUGCGAGGGUUACCAGGUAUUCAUCAAAGAGAAAGUGAGCCUGGGCAAUUGGAAUCGUGCAGAGACAUACGCCUUCGAUAUUAUUCAGGAUCUUUCCCAUUGGGUCACCGGAUGGGUGGACUGGAACUUAGCUCUCAACCCACAAGGUGGUCCGAACUGGGUGAAAAACUUCGUCGAUUCACCCAUCAUUGUUAACGCGACCAGCAAGGAGUUCUACAAGCAACCCAUGUACUAUUCGCUUGCCCAUUUCACGAAGUUCCUGCCUCGUGGAAGCCUGAGGAUUGACGCUGUAGCGGAAUCUGGUCUUGACAAUCUAGUCACUUAUGCAGCGUUCAAGACACCACAGGGAGCUAAAGUCGUCAUUGUUCUCAACAGAGAUAACUCUCAACACACUGUAGUCAUCCGAGACGGAGCCAAGUCGUUCGCCAAGGCCAUCACCGAACGAUCCAUCCAAAGUUUUGUAUGGUGGUGAACAUGAGCUGUUUUAGAGUGA